UUAAUUUAAUUUGUGAUAUGACCAAUAAAUAAAAAACCCACCAGAAUUGUAGCAUUAUAUGUUUUUCCAAUACCAGCCAAAUUAAAAAAAAAUUACUACCGUUUUAUUUGUUCAUAAUAUAAAUUUAAAAUCAUGUCAGAAGUAACUAAUAAGAAAAAACCUUUCGACAAAAAAAAAUGGCGAACAAAACAGUACAGCAAAAAACAAAAAAUUCAGGAAUGGGAAGAGCGCCGUAAAAAGGCAGUAAUUAAAAAAUAUUAUAAAGAAUUAAGCGAGACAGAUAGCCAAAAAAAUAAAAAUAUUUCAAAUAAUAAUGAAUCUAAAUCUAGUCUUGGAUCCAUGAGAUUUAAUCCAUUUAAAGAAGCUCAAGAACACUACAAUAGACUUCAAGAAGAUAAAAAGGCUAGACGCUUAGAAGCGUCAAAGCGAAAAGAAGAAAUUCAAAAGGCAUUAGAAACAUAUAAAAAUAAAAAAAAAUAUAAAAACAAGAAACUAUGUAAAAAUACAAGAAAAGGUCAGCCAGUAAUGAAAGGAAGAUUAGAACUUUUGUUGGAAAAGAUAGAAGCUGAUGUGUGUAAUAACUAACAUUACUUUAAAUAAAAAUUGUUUUGUUAUAAAGAAA